AUGAAGAGCAGAGUGGACACGGUGGUGAACUUCACCCACCAGCGCUUCACCUCUCAGAUUGAGAUCUCGGACACGGAGCUGAGCCAGAUCAAAGGGUGGACGAUCCCAGUGCCUCCAGCAGAAGCGUCCAGUGAGCGAGCUGACCCUGAGCUGCGGGAGUCAGAUGAGUGUCUGUUAGGAUUCUUUGACAGGUGUUCCCGUGAGCCCACCCGGGAGAGUAAGGACGAGGAGGACGAGCAGAGGAAGGGGAGGGGGUGCUCCCUGCAGUACCAGCACACCACGGUGCGCGUCCUCACCCAGUUCAUGGCAGAGUCGCUCAACCUAGCUCAGCUGAGCUACAUGCUGGGCCCCGACUGGCAGUUUGACAUCACUGACCUGGUGACGGAUUUCAUGAAGGUGGAGGAGGCGAAAAUUGCCCAGUUACAGGAUGGCAGGACCCUGGUGGGUUGGGAGCCGGGAAUCACCACUAUGCAGACACUUCCUGUCCUCUCGCCUCUCUCUGACUCCAUCCUGGCUGAGAAGAUGGUGAUCGUCCUGGAUGACCAUGUCACCAUUGUGGACCUGGGCAUGCAGCUGAUGACUGGCAUGUCCCUUUCCCUGCAGCCUCACAGCGUGGACAAAAGAGCCAUCGUCUCAAUGGCGGCCGCCCAGAACGUUCUCCAACCCCGACAGCAGGUGAGUUCUUGGAAUUUGUUCAGUGAUGGUUCAAUGACACCCUUAAACAUUUAUGAUCCUAAGAAUUUUUUCCAUUACUAUACUACCUCAUCAUGGGAUGAAAUGAUGGUGUCUGUGCAAGCAAACCUUCAGUCCAAAUGGUCAGUUGUGGUGGCAGAGGGUGAAGAGCAAGGACGCUUGAUUAAAUUAGAAGUGAUGAUUAGUGAACCUUGUCAGAAGACCAAGAGGAAGAGUGUUCUUGCCAUGGGUAAAGGAAAUGUCCAGGUCAAAUUUGAACCAAAUAUUGAUGAUCACCAAGGAGGCACCAGUGAUAUCGAGGGCAUAAAUCGUGAAUAUAAAGACCACCUCAGUUACUCCACAGAGGGUGAAGGAAACCAGGAGAGAGCAGUUCAGGAAUGGUUCCAACAUGGCACCUCUGUUGGCCAAGAGGAAGCUACCAACAAAAGCACAAUCCCACAGUCUCCCAUGGAAGGAAAGGAUAAGAAAUUGCUCAAGAGUGGUGGUCCACUGGCUCGGGAAUGA